GAUUUCAUUCUGCUACAGCUGUUGGCUGAACAUUUCUGCCUGGGAUGGCGGAGGAUCAGGAGCUGACUCAGCCACACAAAGCUCAACUCGAGCCCUCUCUUCAGCAGCGCACCAGCAACACAUACCGCAGUGCAGAGCACUCUCAGGCCUUGCUCAGUGGCUUGGUAUCUCUCCGAGACAGCAGCAUCCUCUUCGAUGUAGUUCUUAUAGUAGAAGAGAAACCUAUUGAGGCUCAUCGCAUACUUCUAGCUGCAUCCUGUGACUAUUUCAGAGGAAUGUUUGCAGGAGGACUGAGAGAGAUGGAACAAGAAGAAGUUCAUAUUCAUGGAAUCUCCUACAAUGCAAUGUGUAAAAUCUUGAACUUCAUUUACACUUCUGAGCUGGAACUCAGUGUGAACAGUGUACAGGAAACCUUAGCUGCAGCCUGUCAGCUUCAGAUUCCAGAAGUCAUUAAGUUCUGUUGUGAUUUUCUCAUGUCCUGGGUAGACGAAGAGAACAUCCUCGACGUUUACAGACUAGCUGACCAUUAUGACUUGAGACAUUUGAGUGAUCAGCUGGACUCCUACAUUUUGAAGAACUUUGCAGCUUUCUCAAGGACACAGGUGUACCGACAGCUACCCUUGCAGAAGGUUUACUCCCUUCUCAGCAGCAACCGUUUGGAGGUUAACUAUGAGUUUGAAGUUUAUGAUGGAGCACUUUUUUAUCACUAUUCUCCAGAGCAACUGGAGACAGAUCAGGUCUCCCUGAUGGAGCCCCUUAAGCUACUUGAGACAGUUCGUUUUCCUCUGAUGGAACCCCAGAUCCUGCAAAGGCUUCAUGACAAAUUAAGUCCAUGUCCUUUAAAAGAUACAGUCGCAGAUGCAUUAAUGUACCACAAGAAUGAAUGUCUUCAGCCAAUGCUUCAGAGCUCCCAGACACAGCUGAGAUCAGAGUUCCAGUGUGUAGUGGGAUUUGGAGGGAUGCAUUCUACUCCAUCCAUUGUCCUCAGUGAUCAAGCCAAGUAUCUCAACCCCUUGUUGGGAGAGUGGAGGCACUUUACAGCUGCACUAGCCCCCAGAAUGUCCAACCAGGGGAUUGCUGUUCUCAAUAAUUUUGUAUAUUUAAUUGGUGGAGACAACAAUGUAAGUGGUUUUCGAGCAGAGUCAAGGUGUUGGAGGUAUGACCCGCGACACAACAAAUGGUUCCAGAUCCAGUCCCUACAGCAAGAGCAUGCUGACCUCAGUGUUUGUGUUGUGGACAACUAUAUAUAUGCUGUCGCAGGCAGAGAUUACCAUGAAGACCUGAGGGAGGUGGAGAGGUAUGACCCUAAAAGCAACACUUGGGAAUAUGUGGCACCUCUGAAGAAGGAGGUCUAUGCACAUGCUGGAGCAGCACUGGAUGGGAAGAUGUACAUUACUUGUGGGAGGAGAGGAGAAGACUAUUUGAAGGAGCUACAAUGUUAUGACCCAAAGACUGACCGCUGGGACAUUUUAGCAGAUGGUCCAGUGAGACGUGCUUGGCAUGGGAUGGCUGCACUGCUAGGAAAGCUCUAUGUAAUUGGAGGAAGCAACAAUGACUCUGGCUACAGAAGGGAUGUUCACCAGGUUGCCUGCUACAGGCCAAGCACUGAUCAGUGGACAAAUGUAUGUCCACUUCCUGCAGGACAUGGAGAGCCAGGUAUUGCAGUCUUAGACAACAGGAUCUAUGUCUUGGGAGGCAGAUCCCACAACAGAGGAAUCCGCAUGGACUAUGUCCACAUUUAUGAUGCAGAGAGAGACUGUUGGGAGGAAGGACCUCAGUUGGAGGAUGAUAUUUCAGGGAUGGCUGCCUGCGUCCUCACUUUGCCCAGGGCUAUUUUGAUGGAAACAGAGAAAUGGUUCUCAGAAUGGCAUGCAGACCGCGUGAAGUAUCACCUUGACUUUCCAUCUGAAGUUAUGAGUGUAUCAGACUGGGAGGAAUUUGACAAUUCAAGUGAAGAUUAGAAAACUUUAAUAUUUAUUUUUUUGCCAGUGGAUGAGGAAAUUAAGGCUUGGAAAAAAUAUUGAGAGAUUUUAUAUGUCUUUCUUAUAUACAUAAAUCAGUAUUUAAAGGUUUGAAAAAUAAGUGUUCUGCACAAAAUGCCAUUCACAGACAAUAUCUGCCCAUUUGCAAGUGUUCUGCACAAAAUGCAACUUACAGUCCAUAUCUGCCCACCUGUCAAAAAGCAGCAUUUUUAAAGUAACCACAGAACUGCCGUUUUCCCCCAGUUAA